AUGAGGAUUUAUCCUGUAUUGGCCCUUCUAGUACCCUCCGUCGUCUGCGGAGCGCUCUAUGCUCCUUCGUCUCAGCCGACCUAUCAACCGAAGACCUACACACUCGCAGCUGGCGAUCCAUUGCCUGUGAGUAAUGGUACAGUUUAUAAGUUGUCUUCCAAUGGAAGCAGUCCUGCCAUUGUCAUUCUAGACUAUGGUAAAGAUGUGGAAGGAUACGCUACGUUUGAGGUGACCCGACAGAGUGGUGACACCUCCUGUUUCGAGAUGUCAUAUGGCGAGACACGUGAAGCUUUGGACCUGUACAUGGCCGAUGGACCUAUCCCCCUGUCCGCAGCUAUGGACACCUACCGCAUCAAUAGAUACAACAUCAGCCAGCCGACGGUGCAAGUAAACCGCCUUAUUCAGGGAGGUCUGCGGUAUCAGAAACUAAACCUGUCCAGUGCAGGAGAGCUUGAAAUCACGGCUCUAGGGUUCAAGCCGGCGGUCGACAGCACGCCCGUGUCUCACCUGCCAGGUUCUUUUGCAUGUUCGGACCCUGCUCUGAGCCGCAUCUGGAACGUUGGUGCUCGCACUGUCCAACUGAAUGAAUUUCCCGCCAACUCACUGCCAAACUUCUGGGUGAUUUCUGACGAAGGCGCAUUUGUUGAUAGCCUGAGUCCUCAGCCCUUCGCAGCGGACUAUGCAGCUACGUUGACUGCUUACGAGCUGGACUUUGCCGUGAAACCUGUAAAGAAUGGCUUCGGUUUCACAGUGCUCAGUGACACCCUUGGAAAUGGGAUCUACAUUCUUGUCAAUGUAGCUAACUCAUCAAUAUCAGCCUACGCGGGUCCCACAGAAGUCGGCUCACCAGUGCUUGCGUCGGCUGUCCUUCCAUUUUCUGUGACUUUGGACAACUGGCAUACUGUUGAGUCUACCGUCAACCUUACUCAGAUAUCAGUGAUGAUCGAUGGGACGCCAGUAUUCAACUUUACCCAGAACAGCGCAUUCUACGGCUCAUUUGGCUUAGGGGCCUCCUUCCAACAGGCUGCUGUUUUCACCAAUGUCUCUUUGACAGUCUCUGGGACCCAGAUGUAUUCCUCGUCCCUCACCGACGAAUCUGCCUUACAGGACUUCUUGGUGGGAACCAAUCCACUGCCAGUAAGCGUGGAUGGUUCGCGAAGAGACCGCAUCGCUUAUGGAGGGGAUCUUGAUAUAACCACUUCUUCCUCUUUUGCAAGUACGUACGGCCGCGAAUAUAUCAAUGGGACCAUUACUCUUCUUGGGUCAGCACGUAUGCUGCCUGGCUUUUUCAUGCCUAAUGUCAAAGUGCAACAACCCCCUCGCACCAGCGACAUUCAGGUUAACAUUACGGGGUUGAUCAGUUAUUCGUUUAAUCUGGUGAGCGCUAUGGCACAGUAUUACGAACAGACUGGGGACUCUGUUUUUCUGUCCAAGUGGGCCCCCAAGGCAGCUGGUUUAUUCGACUGGGCUCACUCGCAGACGUUACCCAACGGCCUUUUCAAUAUUUCCAACCCGGUAUUUGGUGGGGACUGGGAUCACUAUGACCCUUCAGUGAGCGGUAUUGUAUCCAAAUUCAAUCUCGUCUAUGCCUACGCUCUCAACCAAUGGCUCCCCAUCAUGACUGCUGGCGGCUUGAACGCUACUCUGUACGCAUCCCGGUUGCGAUCGCUGCAAAACGCAAUCAAUUCCGAGCUUUGGAGCGACUCCCUUCAAGCUUACUACCUAUCUGACUCGCAUAGAGACUUCUUUUCUCAGGAAGCCAAUGCCCUCGCCAUCCUUAGUGGCACCGCCUCCUCUGGACCAGAAGACAGAACACAGACCAUCCUCGCCAGUAUGUCAAGGGAGCUUUACGUUCCUGCUGGAGCACUUUCCUUUUCCAAUAAGAGUGCUGCAUACGGGUGGGCGCAGAAGAUCAGCCCCUAUGCCUCUGGGUAUCACUUGAAGGCAGCAUUUCAAGCCAAUGACAGCGCCAAUGCAAAGCGCCUUCUUUACAGUCUCUGGGGUCCAAUGAGCGACCCCACUCAUAAAAAUUAUACGGGAUGUAACUGGGAGGUACUGGACAGCGAUGGGACCCCGGGACUAUACAUUGGUACUUCCCUCUGCCAUGCUUGGAGUGCGGGACCUACGGCUGAUCUGAGCCGUUUUAUUCUGGGAGUUCAACCCGUGACGCCCGGCUUUAGACAGUGGCAGGUUGCACCUCAAUCUUUCGAACUUGGCUGGGCUGAGGGCAAGUAUCCAACCCCCCAAGGUGCUCUCAGUGUUAAGUGGUCGUUCGGAAAGAACGGCUUCGUUCAAAUGCAAGUUAAUUCUCCGAGCGGAACGAAUGGCACCGUCUAUCUACCCCAGCCCCUUCAGAAGGAGCUAGGCUCUUAUCACGUCUCCGGUGGAGUCCCAAAUGGAAAAGGAGGUUUCAUAGUUCAGGGGACGAACUUCACCUUCCGCCAAACAAGCUGA